GGGCAGUCAGUCGUCGUCCGGAAUAACCCGACUCCGUCCUUAAAUACGAGCCAUGCCCAGCGUACAGGGCCGCUCACACAGCAGGCAAGCAGCACCGACGCCCACCAUGGCCAACACUACCUCCUGGUCCAGUGGCCUGUGCGGCUGCUUCGACGACGUUGGCGGCUGUUGCCUGACCUUCUUCUGCCCCUGCGUCACCUUCGGGAGGAUCGCCGCGAUCGUCGACAAGGGAGAAACAUCUUGCUUUGUGAGCGGGACCGGGUAUCUGCUCCUGAACUGGUUGACGGGGUUGGCCUGCCUCCACUCCUUCCGCUACCGCUCCAAGCUGCGGGAACAGUAUGGCCUCCAGGAGAAGCCCUGCCCCGACUGCUGCGUCCACAUGUUCUGCGAGGCCUGCGCCCUCUGCCAGGAGUACCGCGAGCUCAAGACCCGCGGCUUCGACAUGAGCGCCGGAUGGCAGGAGAAUGGCGCCGCGACCGCCGCGCCCCAGAUGAACCCAGGGAUGACUCGCUAGUGCGUCCGCAUCUUCCGAUCAGUCGACUACUGCACACACUGCAUGCAUAUCAGUCUGACUACUGCACACAGUGCAUGCCAGCUUCUACGCCGGUCUCGUCAUCAGAUUAUGUUUAUGAUCGAGUGUAUCGUGUCCGCCUUCCACAUAUGAGUCGUUUCCAUAGAUAUUCGAAUCGGUAUAAUUGUAUCAAUGCCUUCUUUAUGUGAUAUAUGCGUGUUAUUGAGCGUGUGGACUGUAUGGGCGUCUAUAUCCAUGAUCAAUAUAACUUCCAACUUCUGCUUC